UGUAUUUUCCCCAAUUUCUGUUUAAUGGAAAUAGAAUUUUGUUCAACAUAUUUCCAAACGUCAUAGUUUUAAUAACUGAUUUCUAAUAACAUGUUAUUUUUUUUACAGUACAUGUUAUUUUUCAAUAUACUAGUAUUCAGCUUAAAGUGACAUUUAGAGGCUUAACUAGGUUAAUAGGGCAAGUUAGGGACAUAAGGCAAGUCAUUGUAUAACAGUGAUUUAUUCUACAGACAAUCUAAAAAAAUAUUGCUUAAGGGGGCUAAUAAUUUUGACCUUAAUUUAAAUUAAUUAAAAACUGCUUUUAUUUUUGCCAAAAUAAAUAAAGCAAAUAAAUCUUUAUCCAGAAGAAAAAAAUAUUAUAGGAAAUACUGUGAAAUUCCUUUCUCUGUUAGACAUAAUUUGGGUAAUAUUUUAAAAAAAUUCACAGGGAUGCUAAUAAUUGGGUGCUAAAAAAAGGUCUUCACUUUUAUCCCUAAAUGGAGACUUUUACUAAGUCAAGUCAAUUCACCUUUAUUUGUAUAGCGCUUUUACAAUGUAGAUGUGUCAAAGCAGCUUCACAUAAAAGGUCAUAGUAAAUAGGAACAGUGUAGUUCAGUUUGUAGUGUUUAAGUUCAGUUCAGUUUAGCUCAGUUCAGUGUGGUUUAAUAAUCACUACUGAGAGUCCAAACACUGAAGAGCAAUCCAGCGAUGCGCAGCUCUACAGAUCCCGAACCAUGCAAGCCAGUGGCGACAGCGAAGAGGAAAAAAAACUUCACUAAUUGGCGAAAAGUGAAGAAAAAAACCCUUGAGAGAAACCAGACUCAGUUGGGCACGACCAUUUUAAUUUCUCCGCUGGCCAAACGUCUUGUGCAGAGCUGCAGUCUCAGCGGCGGAGGCUGGAAGCUGGCCUCAGCGAAGACUCGUCUGUCUCUGGAGCGUCACAGGAAUCAGUCUCAUAUUCCACUCCUCCAUGACCACCACAGUAGCUGCUCAGGAUACGGCCUGGUCCAGGAAAUGGAAACCUUGGCAUCAUCUCGGGAGAAAUGGAGAAUAAAGAGAAUAAUUAGCAUAGCUGCUGUUCAUAGUGUAUAUAAACAAGAUGCAGAAACCUGUGUGGAAAGUCAUCAGAUGAUUCUUUUUGUAAAUACACUUUACAGUAUUCUUUGGGUGUAUAUUUUCCAAUGUUUGUGUUUACAGGUAGAGCUUCGUAAGAAGGAGCAGCUGCUCGAGCGUCAGUCGGAGAGGUUGAGCGCAUCCCAGCGUGUCAUCGCUGAACAGGAAGAGGAGCUUGCAGAAGUUGCCCGAGAGCUGGAGGCCACAGAGCAGGAGAACUCACGUCUACGAGAGUCCAUGGAGAAGAUGCUGGCAGAGAAUGAUUUCGGGAGGGUAGAGAGGGACGGCAUGCAGCUCGACAAAGAUGUUCUACUCAGGAAGCUGUUGGAAGCAGAGAUGGACAGCAGUGCGGCUGCAAAACAUGUUUCGGCCCUUCGCGAAACGGUCAGCCAAAUGUCCAGGAGUACAAGUGAGAAAAAGAUGUCAGGAUCAGACUCGACACUUUUAGUUCGACAAAAGGAUAUUUUACUGCAGAAGCUGGAGACUUUUGAAAGCACCAACAGAACUCUCAGGCAUCUCCUUAGAGAACAGCAUAGCAGAGAGAUGGACUCACUAAGACUCUUGGAACAGAAGGAUGCACUGCUGAAAAGACUUUCUGAUGUGGAAGAAGAGAAUUCGCGUAUUCUUGUAAAGCUUCAAGACAAAGAAAGAGAGGUCAACCAGCUCACUUCCAUAUUAGAGAGUGAAAAGGAAAGCUCAAAAACCACCAGCGAACUGUCCAAAGUCUUGGAGUCCACCCGAGCACAUCUACAGGGUCAACUGCGCAAUAAAGAAGCAGAGAAUAACCGUCUUAACGUUCAGAUUAGGAAUCUGGAGCGAUCCCUCAGCCAGCAGCAGGGGGAGAUAGACCACCUGCAGAACCAGCUGCGAGACCUCAGGCAGCAGGCGGAGGCUGAUAAGGAGGCCCUGAAGAAAGCCACGCGGGCACAGAAACAGCGGGCACAACGCAGUGAAGACACCGUGGGACAGCUCAGUGCCCAGCUCUUAGAGAUAGAAAAACAAUUGGCGGAGGCUGUGACAGCUGCGGAAAACUGGAGCAGUCGCCAUGCAAAAGAGAUGAAGGAUAAAGGGCAGCUUGAGGUGGAGAUCGCACUGUUGAACAGCCGCAUCACAGACCUGACUGAACAUUUACAUGGGCAGGAAGAGAAAUCCCGUAUUGAGAGAGAUGGACUCUUGGAUCGCCUUCAUGAGCUCAAUACAGAAAGCACUACUGUACGCCUGGAGAACCAGAGCCUUAAGGCCACUUUGACUGCCUUGGAAGAGAAGCUGUUGUUGUCCCAGUCUGAGGUCCAGCAGGUCAAAGUGUCUGUGAAACAGUACGAGAGCUUGGUGGACAGCUAUAAAACUCAGAAUCAGAAGACCCGUGCUGAAGCAGACGAGUAUGCUGCACGUCUGCAGAUGGCUUCAAGUGAAGCUCAGGCUGUACGAGAUGAACUAGACCAGGAGAUCCAGCAGGUCAGGAAGCAGCUUCAGGGUCGACUGUCAGAGCUGGAGCCACUACCUGAAGCUCUGAGACAUGCUGAACUCCAACUGCAGGAAGCUCACGAGAAAGAGAGGUUACAAGAGAGAAGAAACAAUGAGCUUGGCACUUCUCUUACAGAGCUACGCAUCAAGGCAGAGCAACAGGGAAGCUUGGCGGAGAUGUUGAGGCACAAAAACAUGCUGCUACAGGAGGAAAACAAACAGCUUCAGCACAAAAUGGAGAGCCUUGAACGGAAGCAAGAGGAGGCUAACUCGCAAAACCGAGAUCUCAUCCAGGUCAUUUCAAAACGCGAAGAGACGAUUCAUAGCAACCAGGUGCGUCUGGAAGAAAAGUCUCGAGAGUGCAGUAUUCUGACCAAACAGCUGGAGGAGGCAUUGGAUGAUGCCCGUCGACAGGUUACCCAGACCAGAGAGCGAGCAGCUUCUAAAGAGCGCGUUACACAGUCCAAAAUUGUUGACCUGGAGGCUCAACUGAGCAGAACAUCAACUGAGCUGAACCAAUUACGACGAGCCAAAGAUGAGGCCGAACGGAGGUACCAGAGUCGUUUACAAGAUGUCAAGGACAGACUAGAGCAGUCAGACAGCACCAACCGCAGCCUGCAGAAUUAUGUCCAGUUCCUAAAAUCUUCUUACGUCAAUGUGUUUGGAGAUCCCGCUCUCACUGGCUCCUCAUUCCGCACACCUUCGCCGAUCUGAAACCACUUUCAGGUGUCUGUUAAGACUUCUUUUACAUGAACUGAUAUGUAGUCGACAACUGAUGACCUCUGUAAGUUUACUGUGUUUGUACUUUACUCCUUAAAGGGAUAGUUCACUCAAAUAUGAAGAUUUACCAUUCAUUUACUUACCCUCAGACCAUCCGAGAUGUAGGUGACUUUUUUUCAAGACUAAGCUAAAAAAUCAAUGCCACCACCACUUUAGGAAUCACAUUAUGAUGCAUUGAGGUCAUAAGAAGUUUGUUUUGUCUGUAUUUUUUUGUUUUGUCUGUAUUUUUUGGUUUUGUUUACUCUCAGAGUACAGGCAGCUGCUCAAUUUCCAUUGAAGGACCACAGAUUGAGCUGUCAUCUACAUUUCAGAUUGCCAAAGGAUGAGUAAAGACAUUUUUGGGUGAAUUAUCGACUCUUUUAAAAUGGGCAUUGUACUUGUUAUGGUUUAGCACCAAGAAAGCUUUCACUUUAGUAUUACAUAUCCAUCUCACAAAGAGAAUUCUUGUCUCAUUUUGUUCUCUUGAGAUGGUUAUGCAAUAAACAGACUUAAAGCUAUUAUUAUCUUUAUGCAUAACCUUUCUUCCUGAAUAUACAUGGCAAUAUUGAAGGAUUUUACUGGACUGACAGUAACGUAACUAUUACAGAUUUCAUCAUCUUUUAUCGUUUACUUGUAUGUGGCCAUAACGCAAACCGUUUGCUUUUCAAUUCUAGCAUUCAGUUCGAUUUAAUUGCUUCCAGUUUACAUGAAAUCGGUAUGAUGAUGAUGAGACACAGCAAGAAUUAUAUAGUCAUAAAUGAUCCCUUUUAUUAAUAAAAUCCCACUUAAAACAUCAUGACCUGCUCAAAUUUACAUUUGCUGGGUUGAUUUAAAAGACAAAUGACAACAAACUCAGGAUUUAUCAAUUUAUUUGUUAGCCAAAGUUAUUUUUAGCUAUAGCAGGCCUAUUAUGCGAGUAUAUCUGUUAAAAUAAUGCACAAAGUGUUCUUUGGGUCAAAAUGAACAUUAUAUUGGUGUUUUCAGUAGAACUGAAUGCAUAAAAUUCCAGUAAUAAAAUGUGUCUAUUGGUGCUAUACAUUUUACAUUACUGUAAUCGUCCAUCUGUUUUUUUGUUUAAGGUCAUACUUGCACUUUUUAUUUGAUUUGACUGAUACUUGUCAUGUGAAUUAACCAAACAGUAAUGCUUCACUGUUGUUUGUUCUAAUAUGAAAUGCAACAGCACAUGUAUUUUUUAUUCGCUACGAAUAUUUGUAUACAUAUAAGUGUAUAUUAUGUAUUGAAGUGUAUUAAAUUCCUUUGAAAACUGUGCUUCAGUUUGCAAAAAAAAGGGGGCUUGUGUGCAUCAUACUGGUGAGUUUACUGACCCUCUUGUUUACCUAGACAAAAGUCAUUAUAUUUCGAUUCUUCGUGC